AUGGAAUUUUCUUUUAACCUCUUAGUUUCAACACAAACAUGGUUUCGGUAUGCUAUGCUUCUCAUGCUAGCUAGCUUGACAUUGUGCCUAACCAUAAAAUUCCCACCCAAAGACAGAAUUGAGAAACCUUGGACACCCAAACUCCCUCCUGGUCCUCAACCAUGGCCUCUCAUCGGAAACCUUCCGGAAAUGGUCGCAAACAAGCCAGUUUUCAGGUGGAUAGACAAAUUGAUGAGUGACUUCAACACUGAUGUUUUAUGCUUACGCCUCGGUAGCGUUCAUGUUGUGCCUGUGUCAUGCUCCAGAAUUGCUUGCGAAUUCUUGAAGAAGCAGGACGCUAAUUUUGCUUCAAGGCCUCUAAGCAUGGCUGCCGAUCUCAUCUCAGGAGGAUAUUUGAACACUACUCUUGUACCCUUUGGAGAACAAUGGAAGAAGAUGAAGAAACUGGUAAGAAAUGAACUGAUUUCUCCAAUGAGACUUCAAUGGCUUCAUGACAAGAGAGCUCAAGAAGCAGACAACCUUGUAAGGUACGUGUAUGGUAUGUGCAACAAUAAUACUGAGAACAAAGGAGGUCUUGUGAAUCUCAGAGUUGUCUCGCAGCAAUAUUGUGGGAAUGUGAUUAGGAAAAUGAUUUUCAAUAAGAGGUAUUUUGGGGAAGGGGGGAAAGAUGGAGGGCCUGGAUUUGAGGAAGAAGUACACGUGGAUGCCACUUUCACACUUCUGAGGCUUCUGUAUGCAUUUUGUGUUUCUGAUUUUAUGCCAUGUUUGGGAGUCUUUGACUUUGAUGGGCACGAGAAAGUGUUGACCAAGGCUCUUGAGACAUUUAAGAAGUAUCAUGAUCCCAUUGUUGACGACAGAAUCCAACAAUGGAACGAUGGAAGAAGAAGAAAGGAAGAGAUGGAGGAUUUGCUUGAUGUCCUCAUUUCUCUUAAAGAUGCCGUUGACAAUCUAUUGCUUACGCCAGUGGAAAUCAAAGCUACAAUUAUAGAUUUGAUGAAUGCAACAGUAGAUAACCCAUCAAAUGCACUAGAAUGGGCAAUAGCAGAGAUGACAAACAAGCCUGAGUUAUUAGAAACAGCCACUCAAGAACUAGACAGUGUGGUCGGGAAACACAGGUUAGUACAAGAAUCUGAUCUAUGGAAGCUCAAUUACGUCAAGGCUUGUGCAAGAGAGGCCUUUCGUCUUCACCCAGUAGCACCAUUCAUUCCUCCUCACGUGUGCAUGGCCUACACUGUGGUGGCUCACCACUUCAUGAUCCCCAAAGGGAGUCAUGUGAUCCUAAGCAGAACAAGACUGGGUCGAAACCCUAGAGUCCGGGAAGAAGAUGCUGACGAGUUCAAACCAGAACGCCACAUUAGAAAGACAGAUAGUCAUGAUUCAGAUGAUGAUGUUGGUUCGAUGAGUUUGACAGAACCAGAUUUAAGGUUCAUAUCAUUCAGCAUAGGAAGACGAGGAUGUCCUGGAGUUACACUUGGCACUUCCAUGACCCUAAUGCUGUUCGCAAGGUUGUUGCAAUGCUUCACUUGGAGUGUACCACGUAAUGUGUCCCGAAUCGAUCUUAGUGAGUCUAAGGAUGAUCUUUCUCUUGCUGUACCUCUGGUUGCUACUGCAAAGCCAAGAUUGCCAGUUGAAGUAUUUCCUCUCCGUGAAUAA